AUGGCCUCUCUGGAUGUGACAGCAGCUCGCGCUCGCUUCCCUGCACUACAGCAGGAGCAGGUGUUUAUGGACAAUGCAGGUGGAAGUCAGGUUCUGGAUCGUGUGGCGGACUCCAUCCGUUCAUACCUUUUGAACACGAAUGUCCAGCUUGGUGCUACCUAUGGGGUCUCCAAGACUUCGACAAAUGCAUAUUCGGAUGCAUACAAGGUGGCUGCUGGGUUUCUCAAUGCUGCCACUGAAGAGUCUCAACUGAUUAGGUUUGGUGUUUCCACAACCCAGCUACUGCACAAUAUCUCUAUAGCUCUGAAAUUCCAUCCUGGUGACGAACUAAUCCUGUCUAAACUGAACCAUGAGGCCAACACUGCCCCUUGGGUCCAAGUCGCAGAACGGUUGGGCUUGAGAGUGAAGUGGUGGGCGGCUUCUGACCCCAAGAAUCCCGUCUGUGAUCCAGCCAAGUUGAAGACUUUGCUCUUCAACAAGACUCGGCUUGUGUCAUGCCCGCACGCCUCCAAUAUCACCGGCACCAUCAGCCCGGCCUUCUCCUGGUACAAGGUGUACGGCCCACACCUGGCUCAACUAUAUGCCUCGUCCCGGAUUCAUGACCAGAUCGAGUCGCUGGGGCAUUUCUUCAAGGCCACCAACACCUUGGAUUUGAAGCUUAACCUUGCAUCAGCAAAUUACGAGCUCACUCAGAGCAUUCCCCGCGUUGUGGAGUACUUUGGCUCCGACCCUAGCACACGCUGGACCCAGAUGGCGGAGCACGAAGAGCGGCUGCAGCAGAUCCUACUGAAGUUCUUGGCUUCCGAUAGCCGGAUUACUAUUAUUGGAGAAGCAUCGGCACGCAAGGAGCUCCGUGUACCUGUGAUCAGUUUUGUCGUACAGGGUAUGGGCAGCCAACAGCUGGUAGAAGCAGUCGAGGGCCGGUCGGCGUUUGGAUUCCGUAGUGGUCAUAUGUACAGCCACCGGCUGCUGGCCGAGGUGUGUGGGCUGCCCGAUGUGGAGGAUGGGGUGGUGCGGGUCAGCCUGCUGCAUUAUAACACCGAGGCCGAGGUGCAGGGGCUGGUAGCACUGCUGCGAGAGGUAGUGUAG